AUCGCCUCGAUCCGCUCGCGCUGCUGGAUCCACUUGCGCAGCUGGCACGCCUGGGGGGAAGGGGAGGGGGGGGGGGGGGCGUGCAGGUUGGUCCAACCGGAGGGGAGCAGCUCGCAGGCAGCGUGGGGAUGCGGGCGUCUGCUGGCAGUGCGGGGAUGCGGGCGUCCGCAAGCGGCGCGCCUCGAUCUCGGGGUGGUCGCGGCACGUCGGCUUGAUGCGGCAAUGAUGCGGCCGCCGCAUCGCCUGUCGGGCGUCGGUUUCAUGUCAGAGGCGGCGGUUGGGGAGGUGAGGCACAGGGUGGGGCGGGGGCGCGGGGGCGCGAGGGGCGGGGGGGGGCGGGGUGUCGGCGGGGCGGCCUCGCCCGGCGCGGCGGGUCGGGGCCCGCGCGAACGGCCGGGGCGGGGUGUGAUUGCCCACAAGUUUGGACGGGGGCGCGCCUCCCGCACGACGGAGAGUUUGUAGGAGGCGGAGUGGUAGCGGCGCCUCGGGUUGGCGUUCUUCUCAGGCUUCCUCCGCUCGGGCGGCGGCGGCUGCGGCGGCUGCGGCGGCGGCGGGUUCGGCUUCGGCGCGGGAGGUUGCCUCCUUACUACCGCGGGCGGCGGUUUCUCCGUCGCCAGACCGCUCGCUUGGCCGCCCGCGAAGAGGUGGAGCAGGCCGGCGGCCUCGACGUGCUCGCUGUCGAGGGAUGGCUUGGACAGCACAAUGGGCGACAGCGGCACCGGCGAGGCGCUGCUCACCAUCGCCAUGUACCACGGCGGGCCUGUUUUGUGGGAGGAAGGCAAGCGGCGAGUCGCGAUCCCAGUGGUCGUUGUGACGGGCCACCCUGACGCGUGCCGGAUGGAGUCCGGCCGCGGGUGA